AAUCUAAAUUUGUGUGUGAGAGAGAAGGGGCCAGACAUAAAGUGAGGAAGUAUUGGCGAUGGCGGCGGCGAUGGUGAAGAAGUACGGUCCUCUCGCCGGCAUGCUCUACGUUCAGGUGGCCUACGGCGCGAUGUUCCUAAUCAGCCGCUUCGCCCUCACCAGCGGCAUGAGCCACUACGCCUUCGUCCUCUACCGGCAGCUCAUCGCCUUCGUCGCCAUCUUCCCCGUCGCUUACUACUUCAACAAUUCCAUGCAACUCAGCAAAUUAAGCUGGAAGAACUUGAAGCAUAUCUUCUUCCUCGCCCUGAUCGGGACGAGCAUAAGUCAAAAUUUCUACUACGCCGGACUUGCGCUCACUUCCUCCACUUUCGCCAGCACCAUGAACAAUCUCCAACCCGCCAUCACUUUCCUGCUGGCCUAUCUCCUCAAAUUGGAAGAGGUAAAAAUAAGGAGAUGGGAAGGGCAAGCAAAGGUGGUCGGAACACUAGUGUGUGUUGGAGGUGCAGUGGUGAUGACUCUCUCCAAGGCUCAUGGUGAGGGCCUACAUGAAGUGCUCAAGCUGGUCAUCCAUGGAGAGGAAAGUGGUGCCAGCUUCAUUCUUGGAGCCAUUCUUACUAUCAUUGGAUCUGCUUCCUGGUCUCUCUUCAUAAUCUAUCAGGCAUGGAUUGUGGAAGAGUACCCUUCGCAACUCACUCUAUCGGCUCUUGUUAGCGUAAUGGGAAGCCUUCAAGGCAUUGUUAUCGCAUUCGCAUUUGAAAAUCCGAGGGCAUUAAUCUUACACUUGAACUCGCAACUUCUCAUCGUCGGCUAUAGUGGAAUAUUUUGCUCGGGCUUGGGUUUCUUCACCAUCAUGUGGUGUGUAAAGGAAAAGGGUCCGGUUUACUCCACAGCAUUCAAUCCUCUCGCCACUCUACUUGUCGCCAUACUAGAGCCUCUUCUCCUUCACGUGAAACUCACAUGGGGCAGCUUGACAGGCAUUGCGAUGGUGAUAGGAGGGCUCUACUUGUAUCUGUGGGGCAAAGCUCAAGAUGUAAAGCCAAGCAAUAAUACUUUAACUCAAUGCUCUAAUUCAAAUGAAAUAAUUAUCACCAGGGAAGAACCAGGCAACCGGGAGCCAUUGUUAGCUAAAGACAAUUAUGCAUAAUUUCAAUUAUUUCCAAGUUAUAUUUCUAAGUUAUAUUCAAAUAAUUAACUAGUGGAAAAAAUAUACAUGAUAAUAUGUCAUAGUUUAUGAUGUUAAUUUUUCUCUUGAACUCUAUAUGUAUGAAAAUGAGAGAAGUUGCUCCGAAGGAAAAUU